AUGGUGAAAAUAUACAUCGUGACAACCAUUGUGUUCCACCUGAGUGCUGGUGAAAUUAUAAACUUACUUCCAUUACCAGAAGAAACGUCUACAACAGGAAACAUCGCAGAACUAUCACACGAUAAGAAUUUAACAUCGCUUGAAUUCGCCAACGUACUCUCAGCUGCUGUUAACUCCAUCGCAUGGAUCCCACAAAUAAUUGCAAAGAGCAUAGGCUAUGUGCCUUCUUUAGUCAACUCAAAUAACAACGGAGAAAAAGUCGAACAAUUCGUAACUGAAUUUAAAGAUUCUGUGCAUAAUGAAGACGCUAAGUUGACCAUAGAAGAAUUGCUUAAUAAAUACAAUUAUGCUUGUGAAGUGCAUAAAGUUAUAACUGAAGAUGACUAUGUUUUAACACUACAUCGAAUCCCGAGUAAUCGAUCUCCAGUUUUCCUGAUGCACGGGAUCUUGGGGAGUUCAGAUGACUUCGUAAUAGCUGGAGUGGAAUCUGGCCUAGCUUAUAAACUAGCUGACUUAGGCUACGAUGUUUGGAUGGGAAACGCAAGAGGAAACAAGCAUUCAAGAAAACACGCAUUAUUCAAUCCGACAGACGAGAGAUUCUGGGAUUUCUCCUGGCAUGAGAUUGGUGUUUAUGACUUGUCAGCUAUGAUAGAUUAUGCCUUGAACAUAACUCAGAAAUCUUCUUUAAAGUAUAUCGGGUUUUCGCAAGGAACGACAACUUUCUUCGUCCUGUUGUCUGAAAGACCUGAGUAUAACGAUAAAAUAUCAGUAAUGAUUGCUUUGUCGCCUGUAGCUUACAUAUCUCGUGCAAAAUCGCCGGUCAUACGCCUCAUGUCGCCUGGGACAACGAUCCUAUCACAAUUCAUUAAAAGCCUUGGAUUUUAUGAAUUCCUUCCAGACGAUAGCUUGGUGAGGAUUCUGAAGCUAAUGAUUUGCGGUACUGGACCAGUUGGGGACAUUUUGUGCAGUAAUAUAGCGUUUUUGACAUCUGGUUAUGACUUUGCUCAGCUGAACGUGACUAAUUUGCCUGUGAUUAUGGGUCAUAUACCAGCUGGGUCUUCGAUAAAGCAGCUAGCUCAUUAUGGCCAGGGGCUUCUGACCAAUGAUUUCGCGAAGUUUGACUAUGGCGAAGAAGAUAAUAUACUACAUUACGGAGUAUCUACACCCCCUAAUUACGCUUUAGAGAAUAUACUGGUACCAAUUGCUAUUUUCUAUAGCGAUUCUGAUUGGUUGGCCCAUCCUAGUGAUGUGAAACGGCUGUAUAAAAGAUUAAACAGUGUUAUAGACUUGUACAGGAUACCUUUUAAAAAGUUUAACCACUUGGAUUAUAUCAUUGCAAAGAAUGUUACGUAUUUUGUUUAUAACAGAGUUUUUAGACUGUUGGCGUUGAACUAG